UUUCACUAUUCAAGCCAGUAACAAACUCCACGUAGAUACCAGCAGUCGAUUCUCUCCAAAACUGAAAUUUCUAAAAAUAUAAAAAACUUUUCCAUAAUGUCCAAGGCAUCGAAAGGUUUUGCGCGUUUGAUUAAUCCUGGCGUGAUCCUUGGUCCGGAACUGGGCCAGAAAAUAGCUGCCUUUGAAGCGAUGAAUGCAGAACGAUCGGAGCUGGAUGGCGAGCUGGCGCGUCUGAGAAAAAAACAGGAGGAGACCGAGGACAGCCUGGCGGAGGCUCUGGCCGAGGACGAACUGCAAUGCAACCUGCGACAACAGCCAAUGACGGGACCCAACGAGGACGAGCUGCAGGAGAUCCUAAGGCGACACCUGAGCGGCAUUAUCAACAAGCUGACAUCUAGAUACGAGCGUAUUUUGUACCUGGAUGCCGAUAUUAGGAAAUUGAAACAGACAAUAGAGAAAGAAAUAGCGGCGGCGAAUCAAGAAUCGGCGGCUGCAGCGGCUUCAAUGUAAACUAUUUUAUAUUUUUUAAAAAUCAAAUACAAAAUUUAAAGUUGCAAGGCGAGCCGGCAUCAAGGACGAGACAAGCCAAAUGUUCUUCUAAUUGAUUUCUAUCUACACGAACUGUACACUAACCAACACAUACUUACACUUUACUCAAAAGGUCUGACUACACAUGUGAACUAAUCAAGGGAAUUUUUUAUAUGAUAACUCCAAUUAAUAUUAUUUACGUAAUCGAAUGAAAUUUUUGUUAAAGUGUUAUAUGAAAAUAAAAUUAAAUUGGCAACAAUCUCAUUUCCUGA